AUGUCGACGUUUAACUCGACAAUAAUCGAAGCCGGUCGAUAUUGCUUUCAGCAGCAGAGAGACGGUCGGGACCGGAGGCUCCACACGCACCCGCAACGCCGCGAGCUCCACUCCACGGCCAUCGAUGACGGACACACGUCUCCCAGUCUCUUGCAGUCGAGUAUGUAUGGUGGUUCGGUCACAGGAUGGGAUCAAGACCUUUUCCCCACCUCGAAACGGAUGAAGUCGCACGUUCGCCCGAGAUCACAAUUUCAGUCUCCUGCGAAAGUCUUUUCGAAACUGAAAGCCAGUGUUGGUAGGGACACUGGCGGGAUGAAAACAUAUGAGAAAGAUGGAUCGGUUCUUCCGACGACGAGUGAAGGAGCAGCGAACACGCAGGAGGCGAAGACAAACGAGACCAGUACCUUCGAUCCUAUUGGUGCAGAAGCCAUGAUCAUCUACCCAACUAAGUCCCCUCAGCAUAAACCGACCAAGUCCUUCCUCCACUGCACCAAGUACAGAGUGCCGUCCCCAAUUAGGGACACACGACACGGGUUGAUUAAGAGGAAUGAGUAUACCCCAGUAAAAAACCCUGGUCAGGUGACACAACAAGUACCGCUGUCUAACAAGUCCAUGAUGUUAAGAUCAUCCAAAAACGUUUUCAGAACUCCAGCAAUAGGGCAACCACAACAAUUGAUCCAUUACGAAAGUGGCGGAAGACCUAUCAUAGAGGCUACGGUGUGCCUGGAAAGAUGUCCAUUGAAUUCCCCUGCAAAGAUGUUUGCUUACUUCAAGAGAUCCGAAAGAAAGAAGGCCUUUCUUUUCCCACAGAAAACAGCUCAUGGGAAGAAGGACGUCCGCAUGGAGCUAUCGGAUGAUGAAUCAAAACGUUUUUCUCCAGCCGAGCCUUCGGAGAGUGACCUCCGCAGCAUCGACGAGCCCACAAACAGCCCAGUGGGGAACGAUGUUACCGAUGACCUUUCACCUCCAGCUCGCAGUCCCAUGGUUCUCAACAACCUGUGGCUUCAUCACUCUGAAAAGGCCCUUGUGUCAAAGAGAAGCCACAGAGUUCAGUCUUGGAAGAGGCCUGCCUCUCCAGAUCUGAAACGGGUAGAAGCUGAGUACGGGACAAACAUGGAUCGUCUUCUGGAAAGGAAAGAUAAUUGCUUCCAAUCAGCAGCAACGUUUGAGAGCUGUCGAAAAGAUGACUCGCCCAUCCCAGCCCGCACAUCUCUGUUGGUUCUGGCAGAAGACCCACUUAUCAAUCAGUCCCCGUGUGUGUCAAUCCCCCAAAUAAACAACCCCAUCAUGAAGCGGAAGCCGGCGCCCUUGGAGCCAAUCCAGCCUAAACAGAUCCCUGUUCAGAAGGGAAGUGGAUGUGAACUUGCAAAGUGGACCAUCAAGUAUAACAGGGAAGGUCUCUAUGUGGACGGAAUCCGAACGUCAGACAACACUCCGUGGCACAGUACCAUCAUCGUGAAGAGGAUCUCCGCGGACGUGCUCAGAACACUCUCGGGGAAGACCUACACUCUGAUUGGCCCAAUGAACAUGCAUGAAUCCUCCAAAUUUCCAAACUGGCUGUUGAGGAAGUUUGUUCACGGUUUCCCUCCGGAUUGGAAGAAGCACUUUGAGCGUUUCCUUUUAGAGAAAGAUGCAGAGAGUAGCAGCGCAGACAUCUUUCCCCAGGGCCCCUGGGCCACAAAGAAUGCUGAGAAGCAGAGCUCCACACCUUUCGUCACACCCUCCUGUCCUCCCCCCUCCUCUGGUGUGUCCAGUCUGGCCAUGAAGAGGUCUCGGUGCGGCCGGUUGCUCAAGCCGCCGCUGCAGUUCUGGAAAGGAGGGAGGGUGAUCCUGGACCAGUCCAUGAACGUCACCAUCAUGGAGGAUUACGAGAACACUGUGUGCAUGACUAAAUCGUUCACACUGCCCACCAUAUUGGAACCUGAGCCGCCCAAACUACACGGUGGACUUCCCCAGCGCCACAGAGAAGCCACCCCGCCCAGCCAGGAGACCGGCAGGCCGCUCGUUGACCAGUGGCAGUCCUCUGGUCCUUCCGUGCUGCGGAGGAAGGCGAAAGCUGCGGGUCGGAAUCGCAGAGCAAAGACCCACGCAUCGCCAGAGGCCUCUGCGUUCCCUCCGGAGGAGGAGGAGGGCCGGGGCCAGGGCGCCGGCAGCAGCAGCCCAGAGGAGCAGGAGCCGAGAGCCAGGAGGGGGACGGAGCAGCGGCGUCUGGUCCUGCAGGCUGGACGAUUGGCCCACCGUCCAGAUCCCAGACAACGCUCCGACAACGACGCUCCUGAGGGUCGGAUCGCGUUACCAAGGGAACAGAAGAUUCCGGUAUCCAAAAAACCGACGUUGGCCCACGGCUCCCCCGCAUCGACAUCUGAUGAAGACAUUCCAGUGAGGAAGAAGGCAGGAUGUCGGGGCAUGUAUCAAAGGGUUCUCUCCGACUCUCCGUCCAGUACGUCUCUCAGCUCAAUGGACGGAAGCUUGACACUCCCGAGGAAGGACAUGGGAAAGACUGUGACGAGGACGGACAAAGGCAAAGGAAGGGCAGGGUCACCAGAGCUUGCGCCUGACCCGUUGUCUUCUCCGGCCCAGCCCAGCAAGAAAGGAGGCCGACGUACAAUCCCUGCAGCAGUGUCUGCUCCGGCCCAGCCCAGCAGGAGAGGAGGCCGACAUAGAAUCCCUAAAGCAGUGUUUUCUCCGGCCCAGCCCAGUAAGAGAGGAGACGGUGGUUCAGUCCCUAAAGCAGUGUCUUCUCCGGCCCAGCCCAGUAAGAGAGGAGACAGUGGUACAGUCCCUAAAGCAGUGUCUUCUCCGGCCCAGCCCAGUAAGAGAGGAGACAGUGGUACAGCACCAAAGAGAGGCAUUCUACAGGAAGAGAAAGUGGAUUGGACGGAAGCAGAGCUUAAGAGUUUGAGAAUGGCCAUUGCGUCCUUCCCCAAACACAUGGGGCGCUACUGGGUGAACGUGGCCAUGAUGGUGGGAACGCGGUCGCCAGAGGACUGCCAAACGCAGCACAACUUCCAGGAGAGUGUCAAGGCCUCCAGUAAGAAUGCCAGGGUCUCUGGGAAGAAGAUGGAUCCCCCUGCGGACCAAGCGCCUCCCGCCAUCACAGCCCGCGUGGGCACGCUGAUGAGGAAGCAGCAGGUGCGGCAGUUCAUGGAGGCCAUGCCCAAAGAGGACAACGACGACGUCUUCAGCAGCACAGCCAUGCAGGGAAAAUGUUUCCAGAUGCCCUCGAUGAGCCCCAGUGGAAUGGAGCAGGGCUUCGUGCUCUCAGACCUGGAGCCCACCACCCCUCGGGGGUCCAGUUACUGCACAGCGAAGACCCCCUCUGGUCUCCACAUCAGCCCUGGGAUGAUUCGCUCCGUCAACAGGAAAAAGGAUGACAACUACAUCUACCAACUCCAGAAGAGAAUGAAGAGAAGUCAAGUGAACGCCUGUAAACUCAGCCCCCCAACCAAGACGUUCCCGCUCAAGCCUUCUGUGAAGCGAGACGACACGAGCUUCGAAAUAUGGGAAACGUUCCCGGACAACCGAGGAGCCCAGGAUGAUGACAGUGGAGAAGAGCAGGAUGAUUAUUUCUCAGACAGCGACUGAUUCGAAGUACUGGGCCUGAAAAGUAUUUUUUAGUUAUUUAAUCAGAAUGUACUACUUUUACUUCCUAAUGUAUUUGAAGUAGUUGUGUGUGCAUUAAAGUGACUUUGAAGUACUUUCAAUGGUUGUUUAUUAAAAUUGUAUAUUGUCUUUUUUAAAUAGUGGACCAAACGGCCCUUUAGCCAUUGGCUAUUAAGGUUUGCAGAUAACCUGAAAGUUGUAUCCAUUCUUAAAGAAACGUUUUAAUUGUUUUUUUUUCUCCGGUUGACGCAAGUUGAAAUUUUGUAAAAAAUGUUAUCAUGAAAAACGAAUAAACACGUUUGGUUUUUUAGUUUUAUUCAUCGUUUGAAAUGCGUUUAGUAGUUUGAACUCACACCCUAGCUCACACUAACCGACUGCCACC